GAACAUCAGAGACAGACGGGCGGCCCCCGGGCUCGAGGAUCACCGCGAGCACAAGAGUCCGAUUUAAGAGCCGCGCCGCUGAAUCCACAAAAUACACGCCACGGAGAGGAGGAGCGACCGCAGCCUUUCGCAGAGGAACACACAAGCCGGUUUCGAGGGAGCGUUCGAUUCCCCCGCCGACAGGGUGCCGUACCGGAUCACGUCUCACAGGCCUGUUGCGGGUUGAAGAGAUGGACGUCUCAUCGCGUUCCCUGCUGCUGCUUUGCGCCUAUUGGGUGGCUGUGCUGAUCGGCGGCGUCGACGCGGAGGGACUGUGUCUUCAAGACGGCACACACAAGACCGCGCCGAGUCCGGAGCCGCGCCUGAAGGAGUGCGCCCUCUACGCGGACAAUGCCUGUUGCACGGAGGAUCACAUAAAGGACAUCGCUCACGUCCCCUCGGUGACCAAUAAGAACGCUCCCUGGGACAAGUGUGGGACUCUGAGCCCCGCGUGCGAGGGCUACCUGAAGCGCGUGUCUUGUUUCUACCACUGCUCCCCUGAUGCUGCACGCUGGCCGCACCCCAAACGCCGCUCCUACAUCCAGGCCGUGCCCCUCUGCCACAGCUUCUGCCGUGACUGGUUUGAUGCCUGCAGGAAUGACCUGACCUGCGCUCGUAACUGGGCCAGGGACCCGCGGGGGCAGAACUGCACCGGGACAUGUGUUCAGUACCAGCAGAUGUACCAGCAUGGCAGGGAUCUCUGCGAGAGCCUGUGGGGAGACGCCUUCAUGACAGUGGAGGACGAGGCCGAGGAGGAGGCCGGAGAGGCGGGCGCCGGCGGACGUCCUUGUGGCUGUCUGACCCUCAGUCCCUCCGACAAGGACGUGAUCGCUGCCCUGCGGGCCCAGGAGGAUGACCCGGAGGAGCUGGAUACCACCAAGAGCGGCCUGCCCCAGUACCGCGCCCCUUGCCAGGCCAAGCUGCCCCAGGCUGCCACGCUGCCCCCGCAGGCCAGGAGGAACACCAAGGGCAACUCGGUGCUGCGUAAGCGCUCCGUCGUGGUGGACGAUGUGGAGGGGAGCGGGAGCGGCUUGUAGAGGGGGAGUGGCGCUCCUCAUGGCGGGUUGAGGUCGCGACCUGAUUUCCGGCCACACAUUUAGAGAGCGAGAAACCGAUUCUAAACCAACCAAUCUGCUUGUAACGUUGCUCCUCCGACUAACCUUCUCUCGAGUGAGUCUAGCUUUCCUCGCACGUCAUCAUCAUCCGCUGAAUAAAAUCUCCAUGGUUUAUUUUAAGUAAAGCAAAAUUUAGCAUACGGUAAUCCGCCGUAACACUUUGUAAUACCAGCCGAGAUAAAUAUAGCGACCAGAAUAAUAAGGCUUCCGAAGACGUCCUGUCAUUAAAAAAAGCGGCUUUUCCUUGUUAUCUGCGGAGCGGAGACGCCACAAGGGACUGCUGCGCUCUGCCAUCACAAAAACACAAAUACUCCUCCCGUCUCCGUUCAGCGUCCGUUAGCCGACCUAGCUAAGCCACCUUCCCACCGCAGCCCCCCCCCGCGCGUUAGGGCGGGGCAUCCGCCCCGGUAUUUUUCCACUCCCGUCUCCGUUCAGCGUCCGUAUGAAACGAACCCCGCAGUAAGCCGACCUAGCUAAACUACCUUCCACCGCAGCCCCCCGCGCGCCCCGGUAUUUUUCCACUCCCGUCUUCGCGAGAGGCGGGCACCGCCCUGUUUGUUUGUCCUUUCAAGUCCCUCCCCGGCUGUGAUGGGCGACCUUUUCCAAGACCCGGCAUUUACGCACACAGCGUUUAGAAGAUGCAGACAGUCUGUCGUGAGUUUCUCCGGGGGGGAGGGGGGUUUGUUUUAUAUAAAUAUAUAUUUCAGAGUAAACUGUUGUAAAUAUUUUAUCACAAAUUUAGGUGACGAACGUACAGCGUCGGUAGUCAUCGUCCGUACGGCAGGUGUUGUAUGACGUAGCGGCGCGGCCUCCGCUCUUGCGGACAGGAACUACAGAGUUUGUAGAGGAGCUCGGUCGGGAGUCGUGACAGCUUUCUCUCACGGCUUACACAACGUGCACCAUUUAUUCCUUCGCCAUAGCAACGACCACAAAAACCCGCGCGGCGGAAGUGUGUCACUGUAAACGCGAACCGAGAAAACAGCAGCUGUAAACAAACGUUCCUACUAGCUCAAUGAGGGGAAUUAUGUAUCCCUAUAACCACCACAGAGUCACAUUAUUUCCGCACUUGCGGGUUAUUAGACGACCAACCGAUGUGAAUAGCUUGUUAUCGUUGACCACUGGGUUCAUCGCAGUAUGCACACACACACACACACACACACACACACACACAUUACACGCGAAGGUGUCCCCGCGUCACUGUAACACGACCGUUAGACUCGUUUUAACCAACGUCCGUGAUUCGCCGCCAUGCCUGUAGGUCAGUUCAGAUGCUUUGCAGAGCUGCUGUCGUGGCGACGUGCCGCAGUACGCCUGGCUGGCAGACGGUCCAGCGGGGGGGGGGCUGGUACGGGGUGUCGAGCUUAAAUGUGACCCAACCUGCCUCGCUGAAGAAGCGUGUUUAGCACUUGGAAGGAUUUGCUGGUGUUUUCAGGGGAAAGGGGCCAUCGUCCCCGGCAGAGCCGUGGCACCAUGAAGGCGGAGGCCGCGUCACCGUCAGAUAAAGUUGUUCUGGCGCGGCCGUUUGUUUGAUAUUGAUGUAAAGUAGUCCCAGCGGCCAACUCUGUUAGAGGUAAACUGGUAGAUAGGGCAGGUGAAAGGAGGAUGUGAAUUGUCUGAUGUGUUGUCAGUUUUGUUGUAACAGGUGUCCCUCUGCUUUUCUCCCACAUCCUCAAUAAAGUUGAUAUUU